GUUGAUUGUUCUUACAAAUUUAUAUGUAAAUAUUCGCUCGGGGUAUGUAUUUCAGUUUAUCUUUGUAACCGGCGAAGUUUGUUAGAUCUCGUGCGAACAGCGUGGAUGCUUAUAACUGAGGAUGUUGAAAUUCCCUUUGGUACUCCUCGCGGUUCUCAUUGGAAGUUCAUCCGCUCAAAAUUUGGAGACGGUCGUCCAAUGGAAUUUGGCGGAUUUCAAUUUUCCGGUGCCAGACUACGGAUUCUUGGCGAAUUUUCGGGCGGACCGAACUGUUGUGACCGGAAUUGAGAUAUCGAGAGAUCGAAUUUUUUUAGCGAUGCCGAGAAUUUUCGCGGGUGUUCCGGCGACGAUCGCUUACGUGCCGAAGAACGUGCCGCUCGGUUCUAGUCCAAAGUUGGAAGCCUUCCCCAAUUGGGCGUUCCACGAUGCCGGACGUGGCGUCAAUAGUAGUUGUGAUGGUCUCAUUUCUGUUUAUCGUAUUAAAUUGGAUUCGUGCGGGAGGCUGUGGGUUUUAGAUUCCGGGAUUAUGACGUCACUAGAAGACUUCCGCCCCGUAUGCCCACCUAAGAUUGUGAUCUUUGACCUUAACACCGAUCAGGUUGCUAGAACUAUUAUAUUCCCACGCGAAGUUCUUCGACCCAGUUCACUUUUGACCAACUUAGUCAUUGACGAAAGUAUUCAGGGAACGUGCGAUUCGUCCUUUAUAUACAUCACAGAUACGGUUGCACCAGGAAUCGUAGUGUACGACUCUCUCACGGACAGAGCGUGGAGGGUCACCCAUCCGUCCAUGUUUCCCGAUCCUGAUUUCGCCGAUUCAACAAUCAAUGGCGAAACGAUAACGCUUAUGGAUGGCAUCGUCGGCCUCGCCCAUUCCGCAAACCUAGGAGCGGUUUACUUUCAACCGUUUGCCACCAACAGAAUAUUUAGCAUCCCCACAGCCGCUCUACGGAAAGGACCGCCAGCCGAGUUAGAAGCGUUACCAGUCUCACUAGUGGGGACGAAGUCAUCCCAAGGCAUCGGCAUAGCUGUCGAUCCUAGAGACGAUACCCUAUUCUUUAGUCCCGUUUCGGAAACUUCCAUCGGCACUUGGAAUCCUGUCAAUAACAAUCAAAGAUUGGUGGCUUACGACCAAGACCGCCUCCAAUUCGUGGCCGACAUCAAAUGGAAUCCGCACGAAAGUGACUUGUGGGUACUCUCCUCGCGCUUCCAAAAGUACUUUAGAAGAUCGAUUAAUCCCAAUGAAGUAAACGUGAGAGUACUGCGUAUCACUGGCAACGCCUCCAAUUUAGGUAACAGCAAUGCCUUCUUCAAAAAAUAGGACUUUCACUGUACCUUUCGAGUUUACUGUGUUGUAAAUAAUUCACUGCAAAUUAUAUCACAUAAUCAAACAAAUCAUACCCGUCAAUUACUUAAAUAUUCGUAUUUAUGUCGUAAUGUAAUAAUUUCUUGUCAAAUCAGAUGUAAUUAUGUCUUGUUAAUUAUAGGCUUAGAUGCAUGUACCAACUAAGAAGUAAUUACUAGA